AUGAGCACCUGUUUUAUUGGUUUGACAGAAUGUAAGACAGAUUCAAAAGUGGAAACUUUAAAAGAAGGCGCCGUGCAUCAAAUUAUGUCUCAGCUGGCCAAAUCCCAGGUCGCCCGCACUGUUGCAAAACAAACAAUAACCGCAGCAGUGUAUUUUGCCAGACUGAGAGAACGCAGAAAAUAUUCGUUCAUCAGAGACAUUUCCUUCGUCCAUCUGUGGAUCCUGUUUUAUUGUUUCUGCCAGUCAGAAGAUUUUUAG